AUGAAGUAUUUUUCAUCUACCAUUCUUUUAUUAAUCGUUGCUUUUAUUGGAGCAGCCUUUAGUAAACCAAUAGACAAAAGCGUCAAGGGUGCACAUUUUGACCGAAUUGUUUCAAUCAUUUUUGAAAACGCUAACUAUGAUGAGUCACUACCACAACCUUAUUUUCAAGAUUUAAUUAACCACGAUAAUGCUCAUGACAUUCCUGGAAAUAAUUUAGUUGACCUUCUUGAAGCUAAAGGUGUCAGUUGGAAAGGUUAUAUGGAAGACUACCCUGGCCACUGUUACAAAGAUGCUUUUGCUCCUUCGAACUCCAGUCAAUUAUAUGCAAGGAAGCAUAAUCCAUUCAUGAGUAUGAUAAACAUAAACACAAAUUCAACUCGUUGUGAUAAAAUAGUUGAUUUAGAUCAGCUUGAUCUUGACAUAGAAACUGGAGACGUACCACAAUAUGCUUACAUUGUACCAAAUCAAAUACAUGAUGGACAUGGGAUAAAAGGAAGUCCACAAAAUAUAACAUCUGCGGUGGAAUGGUUCAAAGGUUGGUUUGAACCAAAACUUAAAAAACCAACCUUUACUUUAUUCUUUAUUUAUUUCGAUGAAGAUGACCACCCUAAAUCCGAUACAAAUCAUAUUUUCGCCGCUCUUCUUGGUCAUCCUGUUCAUCCUCCUUCCGACCAUACUGACGAUACUCAUUACACUCUUUAUUCGUUUUUGGCUACCGUUGAGGAAAAUUGA